AAAGUACUUAAUUGAUCAUAAAGGUUUUCAAAUUGGGCGUUGAUUGUCAAUUCAGAAAUUUGUGUAAUAGGGACAGAAAAGUUGAAACCCAGAGAACGUGCCUCCUUUUCAUGAACGGACAAUACAAUAGAGGAUAAAUUUGUGACAUAUUUAUCAGGACUAAUUGGGAAAUGAUAUUAUUGUUAUUGUUACAGAAAGAUUUUUCCAGCUUUUUUCAGAUCCCUUCUUUCGUUUUCAAAGUGACAGUACUACAAAAAUUGAUGAAUUUGAUAUGGCAAACUAUAGACAAUUCUGCUAACACAGGUAAUGCUUGAGUAUGCAGUUCAAUUAAAUUAUUCAACUUAUCAUGGCAUUUGUCUAUAAAGGAUAUUGUCAGUCGAAUAAGAUUUGGAAUAUUUGGUUGUAAUUUACUUGAGCGAAGAUUCUUACAUAAAUGAUUCGGGAAAAUGUGAUUUGACAAACAAGAUUCAUAAAAUUCCAGUUUCACACGUUCCGAUAUAAUUUUGCACUUAAGGUUAAAAAGUUCAUCUAAUCACUUCCUUCCCAAUUAAUCCUGAUAAAUAUGUCACAAAUUUAUCCUCUAUUGUAUUGUCCGUUCAUGAAAAGGAGGCACGUUCUCUGGGUUUCAACUUUUCUGUCCCUAUUACACAAAUUUCUGAAUUGACAAUCAACGCCCAAUUUGAAAACCUUUAUGAUCAAUUAAGUACUUUAACUCCCUCAUCCUCAGAGAAUCAAUGUUGGUUUAAAGCUAAAUUAGUGGAUAUAGCGCAUCAAUUUCACUCCUCUGGACCGAAGCAGAGAAGCAUACUAACUUCUCAGCACUUCAAAUCUUUAAAAGAAUUCCGAAACAAUGUCGAUAUUAUUAUACUUAAACCAGAUAAAGGAUCUGGUAUUGUAAUUAUGAAUAAGUCCGAUUACAUAAAUAAAAUGGAAUUGAUUCUCAGUGAUAAGAGCAAAUUCAUGGCUGAUGUUGACUCUGAUGGACUACAUAAAUUAGGAAAGGAAGUAAACUCCAAUCUAACAAAAUUGUUAAACAUGAACACUAUAAACAAGGAUGAGUUUCAUUUAUUAAAACCUAUGGGUUCGGUGUAUCCUCAUUUAUAUGGAUUGCCAAAAAUACAUAAGCCUAAUAUCCCUUUACGUCCAAUUCUAUCAAUGUGUCGGUCACCUACACACAAACUAGCGAAAUGGCUUACAAAAGUAUUAAAUCCUAUCCGACAUCAAUUUUGUAAGUAUUCAUUGAUUGACUCAUUUGAUUUAAUUAAAUACUUAAAGGAUAUGAACAUCAAAACAAAGACAAUGUGUUCUUUCGAUGUGAACUCUUUAUUUACAAAUGUACCCCUGAGAAAAACUAUUUAUAUUUUAUGUGGCUAUAUUUCACUUAAUAAUCUUCCAUUGCCAUUUCCUGUUGAAACUCUUAAAGAUCUAUUAUUAUUAUGCACUGACAAUGUAAAAUUCACAUUUCAAGGUGAGCACUUUCGACAAAUUGAUGGCGUAGCUAUGGGUAGUCCUUUAGGACCGUUGCUGGCGGAUGUGUUCAUGGGGUAUGUUGAAAAUUUAGCUGAAAACUCAAUCCAAAAGAUGUGUCUGUAUAGACGAUACGUUGAUGAUAUCAUAAUCAUAGGGGAUAAAUGUGAAGACGUGAACCGCUUGUUAAAAGAACUCAAUACAAGUCAGAAGCAUAUUUCUCUUACGUGCGAAGAAGAGAAGAACAACCAACUUCCUUUUCUAGAUAUACUGAUCAGUAGAAGAGAAGAUGGUUCCAUCCAACGUUCUAUAUAUAGAAAGCCGACAUGGACGGGGCAAUACCUUAAUUUCCAUAGUCACUGCCCAAUUCAUUACAAACGUGGUUUAAUUAAGGGCUUACUCAAUAGAAUCAAUCGUAUUUGUAGUAGUGAUACUAUUGAAGUAGAAACGAGGCUUUUAACUAAUACGUUAAUGAAUAAUGGUUAUUCAUUUAAGUUCAUAAACCGCUGGAAGGGUUGCAAUACGAUUAGACCUAUGACACUUCUGGCACCCAAAAAGCGAGUUUAUAUUACAUUACCAUUUAGGAGUGACUCUAAUAGUCUCAUGUUGAGACGGAGACUAAAAUUAGCCAUAAACAGGACAUUCUAUGAAGCUCAACUUGUCAUCAUUGAAAAGACAAGGUCGAUGUUUCACCAAAAACCUAGACAGCACAUAAGCGAUUGUGUCACAUCCCAUUGUGUAUACCAAUUUACAUGUAUGUGCGGAAACACGUACAUAGGGAGGAGCAAUCGUGAUUUGCAAAUAAGGGUGGCGGAACACAUACCUAAAUGGCUACAGAACCAAAUGAAUUCGAAUGGUUAAAUAAGAUCACAGGAUAGACAAACAUCUUCCUCUAUUGAGAAACAUUUAGUUGAAACUGGUCAUAAGGUUGACAUCAAAUCAGCAUUUGUAGUGUUGUACAAAAGCCUUCAAGGACGUAUACUAAGGUUUAUUGAAGC